UACACCCGUUUGCUGCAAUCUAUCAAUAUAUUCUGCGAUAAUUUAGUAUUUUUUUAUUUUCAAAAUGUCAUUUUAAAUCGGGUUAUUAAACUAAACUUUGUCGUUUCUUUAUCUUUUUUUUUAUUGUCCGAAAUAUGGUUGCAGAUAAACAGUUAGAAUUUGUCAAGUUUAAAAACAUCAUCAAACGGUUACUUUUUAUUGUCGGUCUUUGGACAAAAGAUGACUCAAAUUUAAUACACCGUUCAUUACUUCAUAUUUAUCUAUCGUUAUUCUUAAUUCCGAUUGUCGGGGUGUUUAAUUUUUUUAUCACCAAUAUCACCAAUAUAAGUCUUGCAACCAGAAGCUUGAGUAUAAUACUAGGUUUUUCUACAGUUAUGAUAAAAGCAGCAUGUUUUAUAAUAAAUCGUAAAGAUGUGGACGAUUUACAUAUGGUUCUGGAUCCAUAUUUUGAUAAAUUAUUACAAUCACCCGAAAUGUCAAAUCUAGUGUUAAAUAAAGUAACAACUUUUCGACGCUGGCCGACAUUUAUCACGACAUUUGUCACGAUUGUUUGCAUUUCUUAUGCAAUCGAUCCAAUCAUCUUCAUUAUAAAUCAAUGUCGCCAUCGAAUAUGGCCUAUUGAAUACAAUCUUAUCUUUCUAACAAUCUAUCCUUGGAAAGCUCAACGCAAUAGUUUAUUGUACAAUUUUUGUUUUAUUAAUGAGUAUUUAUUAACAGCGAGCAUGAUUUUUAUUACCUCUAGUCUAGAUAGCCUUUAUACAUAUUACAUUUUCCAAUUAAUUGGUAUGUUACGAGAAAUAUCGUACCAUAUAUUAACAUUAGAUAAAAAUAAUAGCGAAUUAAUGAUACGUCAAUGCGUUGAUAAGUAUGAAAUAUUAUUGAAAUGCUGCAAAAAAGUUCAAAAAAUUUAUGGACCAAUAAUCCUGUGGACUAUGAAUGUUAAUGCGAUUGUACUUUGCGCUGUAAUUUUUCAACUUUCUCAUGCAAAAACGAUACCUAUUAUAUCAAUGAUAUUAUGCUCCGCACAUGCUUGUUUGAAACUAAUACAAGUUUACAUAUUUGCUUGGGCGGGAUCGCAACUUACUAUCGAGAGUGAAAAAUUCAGAGAGUGUAUUUAUGCCGCAAAUUGGGUUGGAAAUAAUCGAAUGAAGUCUUCAAUAAUUAUAAUGCUUGCUCAAAAACCACUAAUUUUAAGAGCAUGUAAUUUAUUACAUGUGACAAUUGAUAUGUUUGUAAAAAACUUAUUUAUAUUUUUUCAGGUUAUAAAUACGACGGUUUCCUGUUAUUUAUUAUUAAAAACGUUUGAACAAGAAGUAUGAAUAAACUAAAAUGGACACAUUCUUAUUUUCACUUCUAAUACGAAAAUAUCUUUAAUGAAUGGUAGAAAGUACUGUAUAAAAUAUAAUAAAGAUUUGAUUUGUUAUCAAUAAAAUCAAUAAUAGCUCAAUCACUGUUGUUGUAAGUAUGUUGUAAAAAAGUAACAUAAAUUGGAAUGUACGCAUUUCAUUUUGGGAUUAUUAGCAAUAGCACUUUCAUAGAAAAAUAUAUUUACAUAGUAUUUAACGAUAUUACUUACAAAUAAAUUAAUAAAGUUGGGUUUAAUUUUUGAAAAAUCAACUUUUCAUGCAAGAUAAUAGUACUGUUAUUAAAUACCAAACACUGUACAAUAAAAGUCGUAGCAACGAUAAUGCAGGGAGAUUAUGAUUGAUGUUUGAUAUCAGAUCCUACGUUCAAGAAGUGUUAAGAGAUUCAAAAAAUUUUUUGUGGUACAAAAACAUUUGAACCAAAU